AUGCCCUGGAGACUGUUUUACCGCAUUCUCGGCAUCGAGGUAAGCACCCAGGACUUGCGGUCAUUUCAUCCCAUCUCAGUACUAAUCAGCAACAGGAGAGACUUGUCGAACACAUCCUCCGCCAGCCAGGAUGGCACCGUUUCGUCGGGAGAAUCCAUCGACGAGUCGACGAGUUCCAAAACGGUCCGAUGCCAAACCAGCCAACAUUACGCCCGGGAGAGGCAACUGGACCCGAACCGACGCGGCUUCGUCUACCAUUUUGUCGAGGAGAUCAAGAGUGCAUUCAGACAUCCAAACGGCCCUCCGCCGCCGCCCGGCAAGAAGUGA